UUGUGUCUUCUGACGUCAUCACGCACCCAGUGUUUGGUUUCCGCGCCGAGCCGUUAUGGCAGCAGCGAUUAUCCUCGACAGUAAGCCGGGCGAGCAGCCGACAGAUGGGGGAGAGGACUCGGAUAGGUCGAUGUUGAGGACCGACAGCGGGAGCGGAGAAGAUUCCAUGGACGGUCUCUCCAACCGGGUCCCCUGCUGUCCUCUGACCCCGUCGCUGUCACCACGUAAACGGACCACGAGCCAGUCCAAGACAGAGCCUCCGCUGCUGAGGACCAACAAACGGACCAUCUACACUGCCGGCAGACCACCGUGGUACAAUGUCACCGGGACCACCUUCAAAGAGGCCUUCGUCAUCGGUCUGUGUGGAGGAAGUGCCUCAGGAAAAACCACAGUGGCCAAUAAGAUCAUCGAAGCUCUGGAUGUUCCCUGGGUGGUUCUGCUUUCCAUGGACUCCUUCUACAAGGUGUUGAAUAAAGAAGAGCAGGAGCUCGCUGCUAAAAACGAGUACAACUUCGAUCACCCCGACGCCUUCGACUUCGAGCUGCUCAUCACCGUCCUCAGGAAGCUGAAGAAGGGGAAAAGCAUCAAAGUGCCAGUGUACGACUUCACCAGUCACAGCCGGCGCAAAGAAUGGAAAACAGUUUAUGGAGCCAAUGUGGUUAUCUUUGAGGGCAUCCUGGCCUUUGCCAACAAGGAGCUACUGAAGCUGCUGGACAUGAAGGUGUUUGUGGACACGGACUCGGACAUCCGGCUGAUCCGCAGGCUGAAGAGAGACGUCUCUCAGCGCGGGCGCGACAUCAACGGCAUCAUCAAGCAGUACAACAAGUUUGUGAAGCCGGCCUUCGAGCAGUACAUCGAGCCAACGGUGCAGGUCGCAGACAUCGUGGUGCCCAGAGGUGGAGAAAACUUUGUAGCUCUGGAUCUGAUUGUUCAGCAUGUCCACAGUCAGCUGGAGAAGAGGAAGCUUCGCUGGGAUAUAUCGGCUCUGGCGUCGGCCCAUCAGGGUCAGCCUUUACCCAAAACCCUGAGCGUGAUGGAGAGCACGCCUCAGGUCCGCGGGAUGCACACCAUCAUCAGGAACAAGGAGACCAACAGAGACGAGUUUAUCUUCUACUCCAAGAGAUUAAUGAGGCUGCUGAUAGAACAUGCCCUCUCCUUCCUGCCUCUCAAGCCCGUUUCCGUGGAGACGCCUCAGGGCACCGUCUACGAGGGAAAGAGGCUGAGCGGUCAAAGAAUCACUGGGGUUUCUAUCCUGCGGGCCGGGGAGACGAUGGAGCAGGCUCUGACGGCCGUCUGCAAAGACAUCCGGCUGGGGAAGAUCCUCAUCCAGACCAACCACGACACCGGGGAGCCGGAGCUUCACUACCUCCGGCUGCCGAAGGAGAUCAGCGAGGAUUACGUGAUCCUGAUGGACAGCACCGUCUCCACCGGAGCCGCUGCUCUCAUGGCAGUCAGAGUUCUGCUGGACCACGAUGUGGCCGAGGAUAAGAUCUUCCUGCUCUCCCUGCUCAUGGCGGAGAUGGGCGUCCACUCAGUGGCCUACGCUUUCCCUAAGGUCCGCAUCAUCACCACCGCUGUGGACAAAGAGGUCAACGACCAGUUCCACAUCAUUCCAGGAAUCGGUAACUUUGGGGAUCGUUACUUUGGUACCGACGCUCCGUCUGAUGUCUGUGAAAGUGAUGAAGGAAUGGACUUCUGAGGACAGACUGUUACAGGACCACUUCGCUGUGAACGCAUCUGAAUAAUAAAUUUCUACUUUAUCUGCUUGACUUCUCCCACCAAGACGCUCUGAUCUGGUUCUUGUUGGAUCCCACAGAGCGGGCUUUAUGUGACGGCAAACUUGUAAGAUUAGGGAAAUGUUUGUUAAAGGGACCAGAGGUAAAAGUUCACUCUGAAUCAUUUCCCACAAUCCAGGACAUUUCACUAAAACACACAACUCAAUUCCUUUUACUGUCGGUAAUUUCUCUUAUGAUGCUUUAAAGUUCCUUUUAUGGAUCAUUAAUUUCACUGCUAAAACACAAAAUCCUACCAAGUAUUUUUGGUCUAAUUUCUCACAUAAAUAAAGUUCAAAUAAGACUAAACUUACUUAUAAGUAACUUUUCAGCAAGAAAUUGGAGUUUAUUUUACAUAAAUAAUCCCUUAAUAUUGAUGAAAAAGUCUUAGUUCUACUGGCAGGUUUUUUCACUUGUAACAUGGGAAAAAUGUCUUGUUAUAAGUGAAAUAAUCUGAUGUUGUGUUUUCACAGUGUUUCUGAAGAGCCUUAUAAUGGGUAAACAUGUUACUGGAUUUUUGCACAGUUCGAAGCCAGAUAUUGUAAAUAAAUUAAUUUAAUUUAAAUCCAGCGGAGAUCAAAUAGAUCUGGGCUCAGUUUUGAUUGGAUGUUGAUCUAUGUUUUUGCACUAAGAUGUUGCAUGAAAUUCAGGCAACGUUUUCAUCUCUGAUGAUCAUCGUCCCACACAUUUAUGUCCAACUUUAAGAUAUUAGUGCAUCACUAACAGAGUGAAGAUUUCUGGAAGAAUUUGGGGAGAUUACAUUUUGAUUUUCUACAAAGUAAAUGUUCUUAUCUCAGGCAACUUUCACCAAAAGGGACAGCAAUCAUAACCACUUGAAGACGAUUAACUGAUGAGUGAAUGAAGAGGUCAAAUAUAAACUUUUUUGCCUAAAUAUGUUUUGUUUAUUAUUAUUUUGCGCCGCAAAGUUUAAUAUUUCUUAGUUAAAAUGUUUAUCUAAAAGAAUUUUAUUGUUUUUUAACAAUGCAGCAGGUUUUGUUAAUCCUCUAUAUUGAGCGCCAUUUUGUGUUUGUAUGAGAUUUGGUCAAAUAUAAUUUGUCAGGCUCAGGUCGUGCAUGUAAACUGGCCCUUAAAGGGACCCGUCCUUGCUGCUGUUUAGCCAAGUUUUACAUGGUUAUUUAUUUAUCUUGUUUACAGGUAAUUACAUUCAUCAUAUCACACAUCUUUGACUUGUAUGAAUCAGUUUUUCAGAAAUAUAUGCAAUACAAGUCAACUUAAAAGUUUGCUCAUUCAGCAUUUCUACUGUCAAAGUUUUAAAAUUGAAUAUUUUCUCAGUUGUGCUGAGCUCCAUGUCAGUUUUUUUUAAUUUGUGUCACCAUGUUCAUAGAAAACAGUAAUAUACAUUUAUUUGAAGCAUCUAAAAUCAAAUACAACUGACUUGAAAUAACUUUCAGCUGUUACUUGUACGAACUAUCAAUACCUCAUACUAUAAUUUUACUGACAAACACUGCUGCCAGUAUUCAUCUGAGGCAACAUAAUAAAUUUAUGUACUUUGUGCCAUUUUGUUUUCUAAACAGUUGUCAUAAUGGGUAUUGAUUCUGUUUCUGUAAGUGUGUCUUUGCUUAAAGAGAAUAAAUAAAAACUUAAAAAUGA